UUUGCUUAAAAAUGUGCUUAAAUUUAAAAAAUUGUAAAUUUGGUUUUAUAGGAGGGGGUAAUAUGGCACAAGCAUUAGCUAAAGGCUUUCUGAAAGCUGAUCUCAUCAAAAUUGAAAACAUAAAGUGCAGCACCCCUUCGAAAGCAAAAUCAUUCCAAAAUAUUAUUGGGGAACAAGUUGAAACCUUUAUUGAUAACACUGAAGUAUAUUAUAACAGUGAUAUUAUUGUUUUAGCUAUUAAACCUCAAUAUCUAAAACAAGCUAUGGAUUCUAUAGAACUUAGUGCAACUAAAAAGUUCAAAGAUCCCUUUAUAAUAUCUAUAAUUGCUGGUAUAACAUUGGAAAAUUUAUCAAAAAUGCUUCCUAACAAUAAUCAAGGACAGCUAAAAAUUGCAAGGGUUAUGACAAAUACACCAAGCUUAUUUGGAAAGGGAAUAUCUGUAUAUUCCACAAAUAGCAACUGUAAUAUAAAAACAUUAUGUAAAGAAAAAAAUAUAAUUGAUUGUGACAACAUCCUUACCACUUUGUUUUCAAGUGUAGGGAUAUGUGAACCUGUUCCCGAAAGUUUGAUGAACUCUUAUGGGGGAUUGAUAGGCAGUGGGCCAGCUUAUGUUUUUAUAAUGAUAGAAGCAUUAGCAGAUGGAGGUGUUAAAAUGGGGAUUCCCAGAGCAACAGCUUUAAAGUUUGCAGCACAUUUAUUAUUAGGCUCAGCUGAACUAAUGUUGCAAAGCGGAAAACAUCCGGCCGAAUUAAAAGACGCAGUAUGUUCUCCCGGUGGAACUACUAUAAGCGCGGUUCACGUUCUAGAGAAAUUCGGAAUCAGAAACGCUUUGAUAUCAGCUGUUGAAGCAUCGACCACAAGAGGGCGCGAUAUAUCUAAAGAGAUUUAAUUGAGAAUAAUAGAACCCUCUUAUUUUUUUAAAAAAAUAUCAAUUAUACCGUGAUAUAAAUAAUAAAAUUUGAAUAUAUAGGGAAAAAAAAU